CCCAUGUUUAGAGUUGCCACUUUCAGUCAAUAGCUAACCGGCUUGUUAUUACCCGCAUAAGAAAAUGUCUGUGGAAAUCCUUAAACAAGGAGCCGAAGGGCGCCUAUACCUAGGCGAUUUUAAAGGACAAGCCUGUCUAAUUAAGGAGCGAUUCGUGAAGAAGUAUCGACACCCAGAACUAGACACCCAGAUCACGCGGCAGCGGAUGAAAGCCGAGGCAAAGGCGUCGGCACGAUGUCUGGCCGCAGGAAUUCUGGCCCCUAAGAUUCUGAAUUCUGACCUCAACACCCACAAACUGUAUAUGGAAUACUUUGACAAAGCCAAAACAGCCAAGCAAUUUAUUCUGGAAACAGUUGCAACACAGGGCGAGGAUAACGCAAAGACAUCUCUACUUGAGUUAUGCACCAAAAUAGGUCAUAUCAUUGGGAGAAUGCACUCCAACAACAUUAUACAUGGCGAUCUAACUACUUCCAAUAUCCUCAUCAAUCCUAACGGCUGUCAUUACGACGUGAUACUGAUCGAUUUCGGAUUAAGCCACUACAAUCAGGCCACAGAGGACAAGGGUGUGGACCUCUACGUGCUGGAGCGAGCGCUACUAAGCACCCACAGCGAACAGCCGUACCUCUUUGAGAAAAUCCUAUCCGAAUAUCGCACUAACGAUAACGACCAACAUGCUGUGCUCUCCAAAUUUGAGGAGGUGAGAGCCCGAGGUCGGAAACGGACCAUGAUUGGUUAACAAAUAAUAAACUUUAAUGAGAGUUAUA